AUGAAGGAGUCCGUUAUAGAGAAAUAUGUGCACGAUGCUUUACAAUUCAUUUUUCCGAAGAACUGCUUUGAAGAGCUGAUCAUCAACUUCAACGUCUUUCAUCCAACAUGUCCGAAGAUGGUGUUAAGCCGCGUACUUGGAAUCGGUAUCACAGCCGGUUCUAUUCUUCUAUUCGUACCUCAGAUUAUAAAGAUCUUCAAUGGAAAAAGCGCUAAAGGAAUCUCUCUCGUUUCACAGCUUCUUGCUCUUAUAGCUGCCGCUGGUACUGCCUCUUACAGUUUCAACAAGGGAUUUGUAUUCAGCCAAUGGGGUGAUUCGUUUUUUGUUUCUGUACAACUGAUGAUUAUCGUUAUGCAGAUAUUAUACUAUUCGGACGCUAGUGCUUACGCUUUUGCAUUUUUCGCUUUCUGCUGGGCAUUUGUUUUUGCGGUUAUUGGAAGCUAUGUCCCUUCCGAAGUACUCACGAUUAUACAAACUCUAGGCAUUCCUAUUACUGUGGCCUCCAAGACGAUUCAAGCCUGGCAGAAUUACAAGGAUCAGAGUACCGGCCAGCUAUCUCUAGUUUCAGUGUUACUACAGUUAGCAGGUACCAUUGCACGGGUCUUCACUUCAGUUCAAGAUACCGGUGAUACGCUGUUGAUCGUUUCGUUUGCAAUAGCAGCAGUUUUGAAUGCCGUCCUUUUCGUACAAUUCUUCCUUUAUUGGAAUGAGGCUAAACGCGUGUACUUUACUGGUUUGGGCUCUCUUGUGUAUGCUUAUCGUACAAAUCCUAGUGAAUUAAGGACGAUGAAUGAAUUAAGAGAGUUACGUCAGAGAAUGACAUUGUUGCCGGCAUCUAUACAUAAUAAAGAAACAGAUGCGGAGUUAGCAGAACGAUCCUUGCUUCUCAAUCAAAAUCGUUUACAUUACUACAAUUUGUGGUUUUUCUCGUUACUGGUGCAAUCUACACAUGAUAGUGCUGUAAGGAUAUAUGAGUCUCAAGACACAAAUCUCAAGGACUGGGCAGUGGUCGAAUUCUUCAAUAACAUUUAUGACGUUGGAGUUUGGUAG